ACUCUACGAGAAACGGGUAUAAAAAUCGAUUUCUGGACCACAGUUCACUGCGAGUAUUCUUACUCGAACCGAUUCCCACACAAAUAAUGGCGUGCAAGUCGGAGCCGAGGACCAGCAGCAGCGCAGUGGAGCAACUGGUGGAGUGCAAAAAUAGGAAAAUAGGAAUUGCAGAAGGCGGGAUACUUGGCCGCCGUAUGCGAACACAAUGCCCGAGAACCGGCGAUACGGUCUGGUGAUAACAAACCAGAGUUCGGACGCGGACGGUGUGGACACCGUUGCCCUAAUUGUGAACGCCAACCGACGCCGAUGCAAUGCCGCGCUGUUCUUCUUACUUGUAACGGGGAUUUCAUCUGGCGCUGCUGUUUGCCACCAUAGGCUUCAUACCUCAACCUUAGCUAACAUGACGUUCGACUCCAGCAUGCUAGUGGUCUGCGAGGAUGAGGAAACCGCCCAAUGGGUCAUGUCAGCCGUCCAUGGUAUGUGCCCGCCGCACUCCUGCCAGCCCUUAAUCGAGUUCUUCGGCUUCCUGAGGACGUGAGGAGUCGCAGAACCCGGGCCUAAACACCGACAAGUGGGCCGUGGUCAAUCGCUCCACCCUAGACUGCAAUGAUGUGGAGCGGCAGGUCCCUCAGUUCUGCG